AUGGCACCUCGUAACGUGCCGCUUCACAGACUCGGCAAGAAUGGACCUUUGGUCCCAGCGCUAGGCCUCGGUCUCAUGGGAAUGGGCAUAAUGUACGGAAUACCACCAAGUGACGAAGAACGAUUCGCUGUGCUUGAUCGAGCAGUCGAGAUCGGAGCUACAAACUGGGACACUUCAGAUUUUUACGGGGAUUGUGAAUCGCUUGUGGGCAAAUGGUUCAAGCGCACAGGCAAGCGGGACGAAAUAUUCUUGGCGACUAAGUUCGGUGUUGUCAAAGGUUCAUCCGACUUUGCGAUUAACAGUUCUGGCCCUUACGUCAGAGAGGCUCUUGAAGCGAGUCUCCAAGCUUUGGGUACCGACUACGUAGAUUUGUACUACAUGCACCGCGCCAACUCUAACACUCCUAUCGAGGAGACUGCACGUGCCCUGGCCGAGUUGAAGGCUGAAGGAAAGAUCAAACAUAUUGGCCUAUCAGAAGUCAGCUCUACCACGCUUCGUCGUGCAAGCAAAAUCGUGCAUAUCGACGCAGUCCAGAUCGAGUAUUCUCUCUUUGACCUCGAUAUUGAGAACUCUGAAGGUACUGAUCUCCUAGCUGCCUGCCGGGAGCUCGGUACGGCCACCGUGGCCUACUCGCCACUGGGUCGUGGGUUGCUUACGGGAACUUUAAACAGUACAGAAAAUAUCAACAAGGAGGGUGAUUGGCGUUCCAUGUUUCCGCGAUUCAUCGGCGAGAACUACGAAGCUAAUAUUAAGCUGGUCAACCGUUUCAAGUCUUUCGCCGAUAACAAAGGCUGCACUCCGGGCCAGCUUGCUAUUGCCUGGCUGCUAAAGCAAGGAGAUGACAUCAUUCCCAUUCCUGGCACAAAGCGCACCAAGUACCUUGAGGAGAACUGGGGCGCCCUCAAAGUCCAGUUGACCGACGAAGAAGUAGCGGAAAUCCGACACUUCGCCGAAACCAACAAGGUGGUAGGCGAGCGA